CCCGUUUACGUCACACAGAAAUCGCGACGUUACGCGGUCGCCAUUUUGUUUAACCGGGAGUGAGGACUCUAUCCAAACCUGCUGUCGGGAUUAUUUUUCUUUCUCUUAACAUAUCGAAUACACCAAGUCUGUAUUGUGUACUCUGUCGAAGACCUGCAUGAUGUCUACCGACAUGGCUGUCGAUCAUGUGAACGGGAACGGCACGGAGGAGUCCACGGAGCCGAUGGACACCGCGGCCGUCGAGGUCACCCGGUCGGAGCACUUUCAGACUCUGCUUGAUGCGGGAUUACCGCAGAAAGUCGCCGAGAAGCUAGACGAAGUUUACAUCGCAGGCCUGGUUGCCCACAGCGACCUGGAUGAGCGGGCCAUCGAGGCCCUGAAGGAGUUCAACGAGGACGGGGCUCUGCAGGUCCUGGUGCAGUUCAAGGAGAGCGACCUGUCACACGUCCAGAACAAGAGUGCCUUCCUGUGCGGGGUGAUGAAGACGUACCGGCAGCGCGAGAAGCAGGGCACCAAGGUGGCCGACGCCACCAAGGGGCCGGACGAGACCCGCCUCAAGACGCUGCUGGAGCGCACCGGCUACACCCUGGACGUCACCACGGGCCAGCGCAAGUACGGGGGCCCGCCGCCGGAGUCGGUCCACGACGCCGGGCAGCCGCCCAUCGGGACCGAGAUCUUUGUGGGUAAGAUCCCGCGGGACCUGUUUGAGGACGAGCUGGUGCCGCUGUUUGAGAAGGCGGGGCCCAUCUGGGACCUGAGGCUGAUGAUGGACCCUCUGAGUGGGAUGAACCGCGGCUACGCCUUCGUCACCUUCUGCACUAAGGACGCUGCGCAGGAAGCCGUCCAGCUGUGCAACAACCACGAGAUCCGCCCGGGCAAACACAUCGGUGUGUGCAUCUCCGUGGCCAACAACCGGCUGUUUGUGGGCUCCAUUCCAAAGAGCAAAACAAAGGAGCAGAUUGUGGAGGAGUUCUCCAAAGUCACAGAGGGCCUCAGCGACAUCAUCCUGUACCACCAGCCGGACGACAAGAAGAAGAACCGCGGCUUCUGCUUCCUGGAGUACGAGGACCACAAGACGGCCGCGCAGGCCCGCCGCCGCCUCAUGAGCGGCAAAGUGAAGGUGUGGGGCAACGUGGUGACGGUGGAGUGGGCCGACCCCAUCGAGGACCCCGACCCCGAGGUCAUGGCCAAGGUGAAGGUCCUCUUCGUACGGAACCUGUCCAACGGGGUGACGGAGGAGCUGCUGGAGCAGACCUUCAGAGAGUACGGGAUCCUGGAGCGCGUGAAGAAGCUGAAGGACUACGCCUUCAUCCACUUUGAGGAUCGGGACGGUGCCGUCAAGGCUCUGGAGGAGAUGAACGGGAGGGACCUGGAGGGAGAGCACAUCGAGAUAGUGUUCGCUAAGCCCCCCGACCAGAAGAGGAAGGACCGCAAGGCCCAGAGACAGCAGGCCAAGACGCCAAUGUACGACGACUAUUACUACUACGGCCCCGCCAUGCCGCCUCCCUCCCGAGGGCGUGGUCGCGGCGGCUCCCGCGGUGGCGGCGGCGGCGGCGGCUACUCGUACCCCGAGUACUACGGCUACGACGACCACUACGACUACUACGGCUACGACUACAACAGCUGCCGCUACGGCGGCGGCGGCUACGACGACCCCUACUACGGCUACGAUGACUACCAGUCGCCCGGCGGGGGCCGCGGGCGCGGCGGCGGGGGGCGUGGCUCCCGGGGGGGCCCCAUGCACAGGGGCCGCGGGGGCGUCAGCGCUCCCAGGGGCCGUGCCGGGUUCUCCCAGCGCGGCGGCGGUGGCGGUGGCGGCGGUGGCGGCGGCGGACCCGGGCCAGGCAGAGGCACUCGGGGCGCCCGUGGAGGAGUGACGCCGCGUGGCCGUGGAGGGGUACGUGGGGGCGCGCGGGGCGGGCGUGGAGGAGGAGACGGGGUAGGCGGCAAGCGCAAAGCUGACGGGUACAACCAGCCUGAGUCCAAGCGGCACCAGACCAGUAAUCAGAACUGGGGGUCGCAGCCCAUCCCCCAGCAACCGCUCAGGAUCUCUGACGCCACCGGUUACCAUGGUUACAAACCCAACAACCAGGAGUUUUAUCAGGAUUGUUUCGGGCAGCAGUGGAAGUAGGAGGCCGCGAGCGUCCCCGAGAACCACCCAAAUUCCUGUUUUUAUUUUAUUUUUUCUUAUCCGAUUGGCCCCAAAUCCCACAAAACAAAAUGUUUUAACUUUUUUCUUUUCCUCUAAAUUGGUGACUGGCAACAAUCUUUUUGUACAUAUUUUAAUAUUCCACUUCAAAAUAGAAGUCACCUGCUUCUGGACAACUGGUUUUAUUCGAUGUUUUUAUGCGUUUAAUGGUUGGUUCAACAUAUUCCACCGCUGGCUAUGACCCAGUUCUUUUUUUAGACUGCUCUCCAAUUGGCUGAUCACUUUAUGUAUGUUUUCCACUCUGGUUUUUAAAUGUUUUAAGUAGAUCACGGCAACCACACUUAUGUCUCCUAAAGAAAGAAAUGUAUUUAAUAACAAAUGAAAUUUGUAUUGUAUUGUCACAAAGUAAUGCGUGUCUUGUUAAUGGAAAGUGAGAUGAUGGUAAAAUCAGGGCCCAAGCGGUCCCGUUUUUAUGGCUUCACGUUUUGGCUUGUAUCCUUUUGCUUUUUGUCUGCUUUAAUAAAUGUACACGCACAAGUGUAAAAAAAAAUAAUGAUACAACCACUUCAAAUUGUGUUGCAAAUUUAUGUUUUGGCAAACUCUUCAAAUUGAUUGGAAUAAAUUGACGGCUCCUCGUGGAGGAAACGG